ACAAGAAAAUAAAUCUCCCGUCAUUGGAAGAUAUUAAAAAAUUACACACACAUUUGGCGAAAAUAAGAACUGAAGCAUAUACAGCAUUAAAUGAGUCCUUUUCAUAUGAGAAGUGGAUUUCUUUAGCAGAAGUAACAUUAACUUCAACACAUGUCUUUAAUAGACGACGAGCAGGAGAAAUUGAGCGAGCAUUAAUAGAAGAUUUUGAAAAUUAUGAAAAAGUAAAUAAAAAUAUGUACAGUGAUAUUUAUAAAUCAUUGUCAAUGGAAGAUAGAAAAAUUGCAGAGAAAUAUGUCCGAUUUUGCAUCAGAGGAAAACUAGGACGCACAGUGCCUGUUUUAUUACCGAAUGAGCUCUUUGAUUGUAUCACUUUAAUCUUAAAAUAUCGUGAAGAGGCUAAUGUAUUAAAGAAAAACCCUUAUAUUUUUGGACUACCUGCUGUCGACAAAAAUAGACACCGAUACCUGAGGGCCUGUGUUUUAAUGCGUAAAUUUGCCCAACAAUGUAACGCAAGUCAAUCAACUACUUUGCGCGGUACAACAUUAAGAAAACAUAUAGCAACACACUGCAUUCAAUUUAAUCUGAAUGAUACUGAUGUUUCGGAUCUUGCCACAUUUAUGGGUCAUGCUGAUAAAAUACAUAGAGAUCAUUAUAGGCAACCAAUAGCAAGCAGAGAUAUACUGAAAAUCUCCCGCUAUUUAGAAGCAGUAUCGGAAGGAAAUGCACAAAAUACGAAUAAUGAAUCGAUAUCGGACAGUGAUUCUGAAAUAGAAGAUAACAUAAUUGACGUUAACAACAAUAAUACUGGCGAAAUAAAUAUUUCAUUAUGUGAGACAUCAAAUCAUUCCAGAAAUUCUGACAAGCAAACGGAUGAACAAGGUGGAAAACGGAAACGUAGUACAUCUCCUUAUGGAAAAACAAAAGAGUACGAUGGACAGAAAAUGAGAGAAGCAAGAUUCAAGAAGUAA